UGUGACAUUUCUUUCUAUGUUCAUUCUGCCUUUCUUUUUUUUGUUGUUGCUGAAGUGCAUCCAUUCCAAUCUUUAUUACAAAAAUUUGAUGUAAAGAACGAAUCUUUCAACAUCAUUGAUUAAACGUUCCUAAAUUGCUAUAGGAAACAAGAUGGACACUGCCAUAUACACAACAGUCGAUGACAUUCUCACCACAGAACUUGACUAUGGAGCAGCACCGUGCAAAGAUAUCAAGGGCCAGAAAUUUGCGUCCCAUGUUCUACCAACGCUUUACUCUUUGGUGCUCAUAUUUGGCAUGCUGGGCAAUGCACUGGUUGUGUUGAUCCUCAUCAGAUACAAGAAACUCAGGAGCAUGACCGACAUCUACUUGUUGAAUCUGGCCAUCUCUGACUUGCUUUUCGUGGUCUCGCUCCCAUUUUGGGCUUAUUCUGCAGCCCAUGAAUGGAUAUUUGAAGAUGCAAUGUGCAAAAUCCUUUCUGGGAUCUAUGUUGUAGGCUUCUACAGUGGAAGCUUUUUCAUCAUUCUGUUGACCAUUGACCGGUACUUAGCAAUAGUCCACGCAGUUUUUGCAUUAAAAGCCAGGACGGUGGUCUAUGGCAUUGCUACAAGUGCUGUCACAUGGUGUGUGGCAAUAUUAGCAUCAAUACCCUGGUUAAUCUUUAACAAAUUACAACAAGAAAACAACCACUGCAGAUGCACUCUCCAUUUUCCACCUGAAACACAUGUCAACUGGAAUCAGUUUCUGACACUGAAAAUAAACCUGAUUGGCCUGAUCUUCCCCAUGAUGGUGAUGUUCUUCUGCUACACUCGGAUCAUUGUAACCCUGAUGAGACGCAGGAAUGAUAAAAAGAACAAAGCGGUCAGGCUGAUUUUUAUCAUCAUGAUUAUUUACUUUCUUUUCUGGGCCCCGUACAACAUUGUUCUCCUGCUCCAGACAUUCCAAACAUCAUAUCAUCUUGACAAUUGUUACAGCUAUAGUAAUUUGGGGGUUGCGUUACAAGUGACAGAAACAUUAGCAAUGGCCCAUUGUUGCAUUAACCCUGUGAUCUACGCUUUUGCUGGUGAGAAGUUCCGAAAAUAUACAUGCACUUUUUUCCGAAAGCACAUUGCUCUUCAUUUGUCAAAACACUGCCGUUUUUUGUAUACAGAGCCUCUGGAACGUGCAAGUUCUACAUAUUCCCAUUCCACUGGCGAGCAAGACCUUUCAGUUCCAUUGUAAAGGAUUUCUAAAGAGAACUCAAUCUACUAUAGCUUUUCAUCUCUCUCUAUAGAUCCUCUGGGACUAUAUGCAGUUGAGUCUUUAUAACAACUCAGCUUUAAUUUCAGAGAAUACCUAGAUCUAACAGACUUUGGUUUCUAUCAUCUGACAAGGUUUACCACAAAUAAAUCUCAGAUGCAGUGGAACUAUAGACAUCAUAUUGUCAGAGAUUCUGGAAAAACAGCAGUAAAAUUAAGCCUUCAUUCAAACAAGUCUUAUGCAUUAUAUAAUCUCUGAAAUGGAUGUGCAUGUAUGUUUUAAGAGAAGACAAAUAUGGGAUGAACUUGAACUCAUAUGAAUCAGAGUUGAUAUAAAGCCAAUGAUGGUUUAAAAGGGAUUUGUAGUUGGAUUUUUACAUUGAAAAAUGAAUUAAAACUAUUUAAGACUAA